GAAGAGAAGACAGAACAGAAGACGAACGAAAAAAAGACCGCAUAACUGAGGAACCAAAAGUUGUUACGAGUCCCUCAUUUCAAUAAAAACAACAUUUAAAUUUCUGUGUGAUUAUCUAACAUAAUACGAGAUGGCUGAUGAUGCUCCUGGUAUGGAUGUGGAUGAGGAAGAAGUAGAACAGCCUUCAUCAUCCAAUGUAAAGGGUGAUAGAAAACGCUUUGAAGUGAAGAAGUGGAAUGCAGUUGCCUUGUGGGCUUGGGAUAUUGUUGUCGACAACUGUGCUAUUUGUCGUAAUCACAUUAUGGACCUCUGCAUUGAAUGUCAAGCCAAUCAGGCUUCAGCUACUAGUGAAGAAUGCACAGUUGCCUGGGGUGUCUGCAAUCAUGCCUUCCACUUCCAUUGUAUUUCUCGCUGGCUGAAGACUCGUCAGGUAUGCCCAUUGGAUAAUCGCGAAUGGGAAUUCCAAAAAUAUGGACAUUAAGUGGCCUGACGCCUGUCCUUUGUUUUUUGUGGAAUUCUUUUUUUUAUUAGCGCGUUUCAUGUUUGAAUACCGUCACUUCUUUUUUUUUCUUUCUCGGAAUCUUCUGAAACUGGCUGAAUUUUCGUGGCUAAGAAUUUCAAAAAUAAAUGUGCCCUUCAACUAU